AUGACAGCCGUGCUCACGAUCCCGCGGGAAAAGUAUUCGCGCUUUACUUCGGAUCCGCUGCAGUGUCCCACCACACAAAGAUACAUCUUAAGGGGUCCAGACGUUUCGAUCAAGUCUCCCGUGUCUAUCCAUAGUGAAUAUCUCCCUACGGACUGUCUCAGUCCGAUCUCAUCAUCUGUGACUUCGCCGGUUCCGUCUUCUCCGACCCUCAGUAGCGUCUCACCCAGCAUUGACGAUGAGCAUGAUGGUGACAAUGAUGAAGACGAGAUCCUAUUCCCCUCUUAUGAUUUCAAAGAAGUGUCUCAGAAGGAUGUAAUGUCUCAACAGCAACAGCAAUCCGACGAACUUGUCAGUAGUACUCCUACUGAGCCCUCAAUAGAUGGCCAGCGUUGUGCAUUGCAGACGCCUUCAGCCGAUGAUACUUCGCUGGAAGAAGAACCGUCAAGGCAUGUUGAUUAUCUCUCCCAUGACUGGAGAGAGGAGGAUAUCUGGACGUCAUGGCGUUACAUGACUAGACGCAAGGAUGUCUUCAGCAACGGGCUGCGAUUGGAAAAUGCUUCCUGGAGAACGUGGGCGAAAGUGAAGUUUGGCUUGGGCACCAUCUCGCCGGAAACCCUUAAUUGGCUCAAGGAUUGCGACGUGACAUGGUUGUAUGGUCCGUUGAAGACGUCUAAGAAUUUCGGUUCAGAUGCCUCACCUCCGCCAACCCAUUUGACGACGCCGAAUAUGUGUCAACCUCGGAAGCCUAUCUUAAAGAAAAAGACUGCAUCAGAGACAAUGCUGCAACGAUCAUUAUCCCAACAUACACUGUUACAACGUGCAGGUGCCCUACUAAAGGCAAAGGAAGCAGCAAAUGGUCAAGAUCAGUCAAUUCCGCGAUCCAGACAUCAUGAAGAUCAGACUGGUAGUACUACACCGACUGCAAUUGCUGGUACACCCACAACUGCGUCAGUUUCGGACAUAGGGUCACCCAAUGAAAGGCGGCACAUACAUUUUAAUAAUGAGGUCGUGCAAUGCAUCGCUAUUGAAGCAAAGGACGAGGAAGAAGAAUACGAUAAAUACCGAACAAGGCUUGAUGAUAGCCUGUUCUCAGGCAAUGUUGUUGUGACGAACCAGAUGCUUUCCAACACAGCUUCCGGCAACAUGAGUCCCCCGCGUAACAACGAAAACAAAACCAUUGCACCCCUUCCGUCUACCACACUCAGAGGAGAGACUCCUGAGCCACCUGCAAGCUCGUUGUUUGAACGUUGGUUCGGUUCACGCUCAUCACCGUUGCCAUCCCCUACACCACCUAAAGAUUCGCGCCGAUCCUCCGAGCCGUCCGCGAAUUUCCUUCUGGACGACGAUGAUGAUUAUGAUGAAUAUGAGUCGAACGGCGGUUUUGACUUCAGCUGGCAGUCCAAUUGGCAGUCCAAGCAAGUUUCAAGCGCUUCCACUCAAAUUCGCCCUCACUCCGUCAACUCUGAAGAUGAUGAAGACGGACUGGAGAUGGACCGGGAUUUCCAAUUGACCUAUUCGGAUAUGUUCUCUCUGGGUGAGUAUAGUGAAUCGCCGAAUGCUGGUAUCUUCGACAGAGUGCUUGAUACAGUAAACACGGCCAAAGAUAUAGCACAUGUUAUAUGGAAUGUUGGUUGGCGACGGUAA